ACCCCGAUCUGCCGUUUCCGGAGGGCAAGGACGGGAGGUACCUUUGGCUUCCAAAUCAUGUACAUAAUUCUGGAUGGGGAAAUGCUAUGCAAGAGCUAAUACUGAACGCACAUCUAUCAUACGUCGCCAAGCGAACAUUUGUAUUUGACAAUUAUACCUGGAACCGAGAUCUGUCUCAAGAAUACUCGGAUUUCAACGGCAAACUUAUACCAUCCCGGAUACCAUUGACAGCACUAAUAAACGGUCCCAUUGUCGGCGAUUCAUUCCCCAAGGGCGAGGUACAUCCAAGAGCAGUACGGAAGGAGUUUUGGGAGAAAGUAUGUCCCGAACGGACGAUCAUCCAUGGGUCGGAGGUGACCUCCUCGUUACCCUCGGAAGCACCUGCAAGUCAGGUUAUGCAGGCAUGGGUGGAUAAGCUAAACUCGAUUGAGGACCGUUGUGUGGAGUUGGAUAUGUACUCUGCCCAAAUCUUCGAGAUAUGGAUAUUCGGGUCUAAACGUGUACUGGACAUCUGGCCUUCGCUUCGUGUCUCGCCGAUUCUUACUCAAUUCCACUGGUCACCCCUGAUCCACUCGGCAGUCGAAUAUAAUUCCCAUCUUUUCGCAACGACCACCUUCCUAUCCUCGCUUCUCUCCUCCCUCCCCAUCAUCUCGCCCUUCUUCCAAACCAACUACAACCCCACUUCCCUCGACCAGUACAAGCCCAUCCCCGGCCUACUCGCCCUGCACAUCCGGCGCGGCGACUUUGUCGACCACUGCCACCACCUCGCCAAGUGGUCGUCCCUGUACAACGGUUUCAACAGCUUCCCCGACCUGCCGGACAAGUUCGAGCCGCCGCCGGGCGGCGGGUGGGGCACGACGACGCCGGAGAACGACGCGAUCUACCUGCAGCACUGCUUCCCCUCGGUCGAGCAGAUCGUCGAGCGCGUGUCGCAGGUGCGCAACGACGAGCAGGCGCGGCUGCGGCGGCGCGGCGGGGCGCUGAGGAGUGUGUUCAUCAUGACGAACGGGAAGGCGGAGUGGGUGGACGAGCUGAAGGAGGCCCUGCGGCAGCGCGCGCUGGCGGAGGGGAGGGAGUGGGAGAAUGUGGCGAGUAGCCGGGAUUUGGUGCUCAGUCGGGAGCAGAAGUACGUCGCGCAGGCGGUGGAUAUGGUUAUUGGCCAGAGGGCGCAGGUUAUCAUCGGCAAUGGCUUCUCGAGUCUAACGUCGAACGUGGUCAUGCUACGCAUGGCGAACAACAUCCACCCAGAUACGAACCGUUUCUGGUGA